GCUCCACGAGUCCCAGAGUCUCUCUCCUGCGACGCUAGCUAGCCCGACAGGAGUUCCUGAUCCCUCUCCCACGUAGCAGCCUCGGGUUGGCUCCAGUUGAGUUCUCUCCAACCCAGAGAGCAAGUGCCUGGGAAGAAGCACCCUCAGGCUAUUGGCAUCUGGCGCCAGAACAAGGAGCUGACCCGCCCAGACAUAGCUCAGCGGUGAGUCCCUGGUCGUCUGUCUCCAGCCUGCGAAGCUAGCCCGGCAGUCCCGACUCCAGUGUGUCCCAUGGGAUCCGGGAUCAGCCGGCUCUACAGCGCCCUCGCCAAGACACUGAUGGGCGGCACCAGCCCGCAGCCCGAGUACCUGGCCGCGCCCAAGCCCCCGGAGCCCAUCGACCCCCGGGAGCUGCUGGAGGAAUGCCGGGCCGUGCUGCACACGCGGCCGCCCCGCUGCCAGAGGGGCUUCGUGCAUGUGAGGAGCGACCAGCCCAGCAGCCACCCGCCCAUCAGGGUCAUGCAGUGGAACAUCUUGGCCCAGGCUCUCGGGGAGGGCAAGGACAACUUCGUGCAGUGCCCGGUGGAAGCCCUCAGGUGGGAGGAGAGGAAGUGCCUGAUCCUGGAGGAGAUCCUCGCCUACCAGCCCGACAUCCUGUGCCUCCAGGAGGUGGACCACUACUUCGACACCUUCCAGCCGCUGCUCAGCCGCCUGGGCUACCAGGGCACCUUCCUCCCCAAGCCCUGGUCGCCCUGCCUGGACGUGGAGCACAACAACGGGCCGGACGGCUGCGCCCUCUUCUUCCUGCAGAGCCGCUUCAGGCUCCUCAGCAGCUGCAGCAUCCGGCUGACGGCCAUGGCCCUCAAGACCAACCAGGUGGCCAUCGCGCAGACGCUGGAGUGCCGGGCCUCCAGCCGCCAGGUGUGCGUGGCCGUCACGCACCUCAAGGCCCGCACGGGCUGGGAGCGCCUCCGCUCGGCCCAGGGCUGCGACCUGCUGGAGAACCUGCGGGGCAUCACGCAGGGCGACCAGAUCCCCCUCAUCGUGUGCGGGGACUUCAACGCCGAGCCCAGCGAGGAGGUGUACCGCCGCUUCGCCUCGUCCAGCCUCAACCUGGACAGCGCCUACAAGCUGCUGAGCGCGGACGGGCAGUCGGAGCCGCCCUACACCACCUGGAAGAUCCGUACGUCGGGCGAGAGCCGCCACACGCUGGACUACAUCUGGUACUCGCGGCGGGCGCUCAGCGUGCGGGCCGCCCUGGAGCUGCUGACGGAGGAGCAGAUCGGGCCCGACCGCCUGCCCUCCUUCCGCUACCCCUCGGACCACCUGUCGCUGGUGUGCGACUUCAGCUUCAAGGAGGAGCCCUCGGGCCUGGCCUAGAGCCGCGCGGGGCACCUGCCAGGGACCUUGUUGAACCCAGGGAGGCGGGAGACGGACACCGAGCUGCCGGACGGAGGGAGGGAGGCCCCCGUCUGCGGGGUCGCUCACCAGCUGGGCUGGGGGAGGACUCAGGACUCCGGCUCCCAUCCAGACCCAGGGGUGACGAGGGUGCCUGCCCUGGGAGGAGGGAGCGUUAAGCAGACCUUGCUGUUGGAAAGCCUUUUUUUUUUUUUUUUUUUUCCCUUCUCCCUUUCCCAGUCUGAGGAUGGAUGCGACGUAGUUAAGAGGCUGCAGCAGACAGCAUUUUAUUUAUUUGUGGAGCUUUUAAAUGUCAAAGAGAUGUGCGUGGCCAUAUUUAUUUUUUAUAUCUUCGUGUAAAAUUCAGCGAAUAAAUGAUGGCACAAUAAGCAUUUUGAAAC